UAAUGUGUAUAGAUUUAGAACUAUUGAUAUGAUUACUGGUGCUAUCUUCGAUCACUUAACCAUAAAAUAAGUAUCUUUAGAUUCUGUAUGGGUUAGGUAUUGUUUCCAAUAUUUGCUGUAGUCGUGUUUUUAUAUAAAGAAGCUGAGUAAGAAGCGUGUGAACAGGUCUUCGGCCUUUAAUAUUUCAUAACAAAUGUGAUACCACAAUUAUUAAAGUACUCAGUAUCUACUUCCACAUUGAGCUGGAUGACGCGUUCACUCUCUUUUAAAUCCAAUAAAAAAUUAGAAAUGCAACCAUUAAACUCGAACAUUGAUAAAGCAACAAACUUUUUUGUAGAGAGCGGGAUCUUAGGAUCCGUUAACUUUAAAGAUUCGCAUGACUUGAUUAGGAAGACGUCUACCAUUCACAUUGAUUCAACUCUUAAAAAUCAGAUACGAAAAACAUCGUUGGGUAUGCGAUCGAGGGUAUUUAGCGAAAAAAAUGCAUUGAACAAUUUCGACGAUACCCUUGUAAAUCUUCAAAACGAAAUUUUUAACAUAAGAGAUUCUUUAAUCAAUGGCGAGACUAAAAUCAUACUUCUACGUACUGAAAUUGGCAAAUUAAAGCAGGCACUACAAGCAAUAAUGAAUGUGCAGAUGAAUGCUCUUGACUACUCUGAUGAGAUGAUCAUGAAAAUAAAAGAUUCCACGCCGAAUCUUUGUUUAUUUUGCAAACCUAAUAGUCUUUAUAAACGGAUCACCGAGUUUUAGUCCUUUAACAAAAUCAUUUUUAACAAAUAUUAAUAUGAAACAAAAAUGUAGUUCAAAGAAAGAACAACAAUCUGUACAAUACAAUGGCACAGAAAGUAUUUUAUAAUUGGUAUUUAUAAAUAAAAAAAACCAUACACAUUUCAA